AUGAGCGACCUUCAACAUUCUUACAAGAGAAAACGAUCUCAAUCUCCUCCAUGGCGAAGGAGUAACGACACCAGACAAUAUCGAGAACGGGAUGCUCCAGGAAGGCGAGACAAUGUCCAGCCUCAGCGAUGGUCUCAUAAGGACCAAAUGAGAAUUAAUCAGAUGCAAGAAGAUGAGCGCAUGAGAGAGUGGGUCGCGCAAGAGGAUGAUUUCGUUCUCAGGCAGGCUAAGAAGAAGGCAGACAUCCGAGUCAAGGAAGGACGAGCGAAACCCAUCGACUGGUUGGCAGUAACCCUCCGUGUUGUCGACCCUACCCGGAAUCCUUUGGAUGAUGAAGUUGAUGAGAAAGAUUUGGAUUUUGUGGAUCCAAACAGUGUCUUCGACGGGCUCUCCGAAAGCCAGCUUUCCGACCUGCGCAAGGAUAUUGAGACCUACAUGAAGUUGGAAACAAACAAGAAAAACAGGGACUUUUGGCAGACGAUGCAGAUCAUUUGCAAGGACAGGCAAAAGAAGCUACGUGCGUCAGGUCCAGAAGGGAGAGCGAUGAGCUCCGUGGCGACCGACAUCGACAAGCUCUUGGCACCCAAGACAUACGAGCAGCUGGAGGUGUUGGAGGGACAGAUAAGGACCAAGCUGGACUCAAACGAGCCUAUAGAUACGGAUUACUGGCAGCAGUUGCUGGAUAGCUUGCUUGUUUGGAAGGCCAAAGCGAAGCUCAAGAAGGUCUGCCAGGAUGUUCUCGAAUCGCGGUUGAAGAACCUGAGAGGAGAGAACGAGCAGAAAGCGCUCCUAGCACAACGUCAACUUCGGCAUGCCGGAGGAGAGCCCGCAUCUCCCGUCCAAUUUUCAAAGGACCUGGAUCCAGAUCCGUUGCUGGAGAUUGCAACGAAAGACAAAGGACUCGAAGUCCAGGAUGAGAGUGCAUUUCUUCAAAACGUGGCGGCGAGCAGAAGGAAAGUAGUAGACAUGGGUUACGUCCCAGCGCCGAAAGCGGGGGUCGCCACGACCUCGACAAUCCCGACUUCAACACAGCCUCGUCCAGGAGUGCAACAAUCCAAACCUUUCGAUCCCACCAACCGAUUUGGCCCGUCGACAGACGACAUGUCGUCGACCACGAAAGCCCUCUUCGACCGCGAAGUGGCCAAAGGCGUCAACGAAAAUGAGGAGAUCUUUGCUGGCGAGGAAGAGACCUCAUCCGAAUCCAAGCCACUCUGGAUGCAGCAAUAUGGGGGCAAAUACCGACCGCGGAAACCGAAAUACUUCAAUCGGGUCCUAAUGGGCUACGAGUGGAACAAGUACAACCAAACACACUACGGCCAUGACAACCCUCCGCCGAAAGUCGUCCAGGGGUACAAAUUCCACAUCUUCUAUCCCGACCUGAUCGACCCGACAAAAGCACCCACGUAUAAAAUCAUCCGCGAAGGAGGGAGGAAGAAGGGUCAAAGGAUGGCCCCGGCAGGCGAAGAAGAUACUUGCAUCAUUAGAUUUAUGAGUGGGCCGCCAUAUGAAGAUAUAGCGUUUAGGAUCGUGGAUCGGGACUGGGAUUACAGUGCGAAGCACGACAGAGGGUUCAAGAGCACAUUUGAAAAAGGGGUCUUGACUCUGCACUUCACCUUUAAAAGGGUGGUGUAUCGGAAGUGA